AUAAAGUCAGCGUUGUGGGAGAUAUGUUCGGAAGUUGGCUAUGUAUUUCAAUACAAAAUUUUUUCCAGGAUAACCCAUUUGUAACUUACUACCUGCCAGCCAAAACUUUGGCACCCACAUCACUGCAGAAGAGGAAAACAAUGGCUGCAAACAUCCCAGGGCUGAUAGCUGUAGCUGUGUUUUACAUGAUCAUUCUGGCAACAGGAAUAUGGGCAUCUCGGAAGUCCAAGCAAGAGGAGAAGAAAUGCACUGGGACAGGGACAGAAGUCGCCCUGGUCGCUGGUCGAAAUAUAAAUAUCUUUGUGGGAAUAUUCACAAUGACGGCUACGUGGGUUGGAGGAGGCUAUAUUCUUGGCACUGCUGCAACUGCCUACAACCCUACAAAAGGCUUGGUUUGGACUCUAAUGCCUUUGGAAUACGUAACUAACUUUGUUGUUGCUGGUAUUUUCUUUGCCAAGCACAUGAGGGAUAAGAAAUAUGUAACUAUGAUGGAUCCCUUCCAGCUGAAAUAUGGGGAUGCUGUGACCUGCACUCUGCUGAUUCCUGCAGCAAUUGCUGAAGUGCUGUUUGUCGCAUGUAUCAUGGCAAGUUUAGGAGGAACCAUGAGCAUCAUUCUGGAUAUAUCAUCUUUCUACUCAAUAUGCAUCUCAGCUGCUGUGGCAAUAAUCUAUACGCUUCUCGGGGGAAUGUUCUCUGUGGCGUACACUGAUGUCAUACAGCUAACCUUCAUCCUUCUUAGUUUGUGGACGUGUGUUCCAUUCCUGAUGCUGAAUCCAGCGUCCACUGACAUCACGCUCACAGCUUUCAAUGGGACCUUUCAAGCUCCUUGGGUGGGAACACUGGAGCCAGAGGAUGUGGGGCUGUGGAUAGAUGAAUUCCUGGUUCUGAGUCUAGGAGGUCUGGCUUCUCAAGCUAUGCAUCAGAGAAUUCUGUCAGCAGCAUCAUCCAAAGAGGCCCAGGUCAUAUGUUUUGCUGCAGCAGGAUUUAGUUUUAUCCUUGGCAUUCCUUCAGUCCUUCUUGGGGCGGUAGCUGCAUCAACAGACUGGAACAUGACCAGUUAUGGUUCUCCAUCCCCCUAUGACCGUGGUGAAGCUACUAAAAUUCUCCCAAUAGCUCUGCAGCACCUCACUCCCAACUAUAUCUCCAUCUUGGGGACUGGGGCGAUAGCGGCAGCAGUGAUGUCAUCCAUGGACUCUUGUCUCCUGGCCUCUGCUUCCUUAUUUACCAAUAACAUCUACAAGACCUUAAUUAGAAAACAGGCUUCUGACAGAGAGCUGCAGUGGGUGGUCAAGAUCUCAGUGACAGUGGCUGGGCUGGUAGGAAUGGGGCUGGCCUUCUUAGGGAACAAUGUUCUGACCUUCUGGGCCUUGGCUACUGAUGUGAUGUACACCCUGGUCUUGCCUCAGCUCAUCUGCGUUCUCUUCUUUCCUGUCUCCAACGGUUACGGUGCUGUGGGGGGUUACAUCCUGGGAGUGACGCUGAGAGUGCUGAGCGGGGAACCUCUGCUGCACUUGCCCCCUGCCAUCCACUUCCCCGGUUGUAGGCUAAUCAACGAGGUCUAUGUCCAGCACUUUCCCUGUCGAACCCUGUCAGUACUAGUGUCCUUCUGUGCUAACAUCCUGAUUUCCUAUGUGACAUCUAUGUUGUUUGAAAAAGGCUUCCUGCUGAAGAGAUGGGACAUACUCCAGGUCAGAACCCAUAGUGCACCCAGUGGUGCUGAUGCCAAAUCUAAUGUUGACAAACCUGCAGCUUCAGAUCUACUACUUGACACAACUUGUUAGAUUCCAUGUUAAAUCAAAAUCAUUUUCUUAGGGUCAGAAGAGGAUACAUUGUUCAGAACUUUUUGGCUGUUUAAUUGGGGACAUUCACAUAAUAAAUACAUUUUGAUUGAAUAAUUAUUUGAUAGCUGAAUAGUGAUUAAUAUGAUAGAAAUUUCUCUUAGUAUGAAAACCUACUUUAAAAAUGCACAGAAACAUGGUUACUCUCUAUUUUAUUUUAUUGAGUUGUCUUCAAUUACUGUACGUAAUAAAUUAUUUAUUACUGGCUGUCUGAACUGCCAAUGCAAUGGUGACAAAAGAUAUUGCUUAUUAAUGUAAUAAUAUAACUCUGUAAUGUAACUCUGUAAUAAACAAAUCAACCGCUUUAGUUGGUUUUUUUUUUUUUUGUCUUCCUGACCACACUUGUAGCCGCUAUCGCUAUCUU